CCUGCCUAGUACCGGCGCCAGCGUGUAGCAGUUUCUCCGCACGCGCCAGGUGCAGGUGAGGGCGAGCCUUCUGGCGGAGACAUGGAUUUAGAUGCUAUUACCAAAUACUCAGCAUUACAUGCCAAGCCCGUUGGACUCACUCUUCAAUAUGGGACUGCUGGAUUUCGAACGAAAGCAGAACAUCUUGAUCAUGUCAUGUUUCGCAUGGGAUUAUUAGCUGUUCUGAGGUCAAAACAGACAAAAUCUACAAUAGGAGUCAUGGUAACAGCGUCACAUAAUCCCGAGGAAGACAAUGGUGUCAAAUUGGUUGAUCCUUUGGGUGAAAUGCUGGCACCUUCCUGGGAGGAGCAUGCUACCUGUUUGGCAAAUGCUGAGGAACAAGAUGUGCAGAGAGUGCUGCUGGGCAUCAGUGAGAAAGCUGUGGUGGAUCUGCAGCAGGACGCCUUCGUGGUGAUCGGUAGAGAUACCAGGCCCAGCAGUGAGAAACUUGCACAGUCUGUGAUAGAUGGCAUCACUGUUUUAGGAGGUCAAUUUCAUGACUACGGCUUGGUGACGACGCCGCAGCUGCACUACAUGGUGUACUGUAGGAACACCCAUGGCCAGUACGGAAAGGCCACCACAGAAGGUUACUACCAGAAGCUCUCCAAGGCUUUUGUGGAGCUUACCAAACAGGCUUUCUGCGGGGGAGGUGAAGAUCGACCACUUAAGGUUGACUGUGCAAAUGGCAUCGGGGCCCUGAAGCUGAGAGAAAUGGAAAACUACUUCUCCCAGGGGCUGUCAGUGCAGCUAUUUAAUGUUGGGACCACAGGGAAACUCAAUCAUUUGUGUGGGGCUGACUUUGUGAAAAGUCAUCAGAAACCUCCACAAGGAAUGGAAAUGAAGUCCAAUGAAAGAUGCUGUUCCUUUGAUGGAGAUGCAGACAGAAUUGUUUAUUACUACUAUGAUACAGAUGGCCACUUUCACCUCAUAGAUGGAGACAAGAUAGCAGCACUCAUUAGCAGUUUCCUUAAGGAGCUCCUGUUGGAGAUUGGAGAAAGUUUGAAUAUUGGUGUUAUACAAACUGCUUAUGCAAAUGGAAGUUCUACACGGUAUCUUGAAGAAGUUAUGAAGGUACCAGUCCACUGUACUAAAACUGGUGUAAAACAUUUGCACCAUAAGGCUCAAGAGUUUGAUAUUGGAGUUUAUUUUGAAGCAAAUGGGCAUGGCACAGUGCUGUUUAGUAAAGCUGCUGAAAUGAAGAUAAAACAGCUAGCAAAAGAAUCCGAAGAUAAGAAAAGGAAAGCUGCUAAGAUGCUUGAAAACAUUAUUGACUUGUUUAACCAGGCAGCUGGUGAUGCCAUCUCUGACAUGCUGGUGGUCGAGGCAGUCCUGGCUCUGAAGGGGCUGACCGUGCAGCAGUGGGAUGCUCUCUACACGGACCUUCCAAACCGACAGCUCAAAGUUAAGGUUGCAGAUAGGCAAGUUAUUAGCACCACGGAUGCUGAAAGGCAAGCAGUUACACCCCCAGGACUACAGGAGGCCGUCAAUGGUCUGGUGAAGAAGUACAAGCUCUCCCGAGCUUUCGUUCGGCCCUCUGGUACAGAAGAUAUAGUCCGAGUCUAUGCAGAAGCAGACUCACAAGAAAGUGCGGACAGCCUUGCACAUGAAGUGAGCUUGGCAGUAUUCCAGCUGGCUGGAGGAGUUGGAGAAAGCCCCCAACCAAAUUUCUGAAGACAAUUUUUAUAUUCUUGAGAAACUGGAUUUUUAAAAAAUGUUUUUACAAAAUAAUAGUACUGCCAUUAUCGUGAAAGGUUCAAACACGUUUAUAAUCAUGUUUAUUGCACCUUACUGGAUUCUCUUAAACACUACCAGAAUA